AUGGCGACGACGACCUUGUCCCUCCAAGAAAUCCCCUCCGAAGCCGCUUUCAACCAACACAUAUCCUCCCACCCCUCUUCACACCUGCACGUAAUCUACUUCCACACGCCCUGGGCGGCACCCUGCGCACAGACGAACACCAUCCUUUCUGCCCUCGCCUCGACCUAUCCGUCAUCCCGCAGCUCCGAUGUGUCCUUCCUCUCCAUAAACGCCGAAGAACUGCCCGACGUCUCGGAACUGUACGACGUGACCGCGGUGCCAUACGUGGUCAUCCAGCGCGAUGGCAAGACGCUGGAGACGGUGAGUGGGAGCGACGCCGGCAAACUUAGAGCCGCCGUGGAGAAACAUGCUGGGACUGGCGGUGCCAGUGCCAACGGCAACGGCAGUGCACACGUUCCGCCGCCGCUGAAAGCCGAACCGCAGAGCCACGCACACACGAAUGGCAACUCACACCCACCGACCGCGACCAAGGAUCUGAGCUCCUAUGCGCCCAAGCCGUCGGAUCCGCAGACCGCCCCGGCCUACUCGUCAGGGCUGGAGGCGAAAGAGGAGUUGAAUGAACGGUUGGCGAAGUUGGUGAAAGCUGCACCGGUGAUGCUGUUCAUGAAAGGCACCCCCAGUGCGCCGCAGUGCGGAUUCAGCCGACAGCUGGUCAGCAUCCUGCGCGAGAAUCAGGUGAAAUAUGGGUUUUUCAACAUCCUUGCCGACAACGACGUUCGCGAGGGCCUCAAGGCCUUCUCCGACUGGCCGACGUUCCCGCAACUAUAUACGAACGGCGAACUUGUCGGUGGUCUCGAUAUUGUCCGCGAAGAGCUCGAAGCCGACCCGGACUUCUUCCAGCCUUACAGGGCGACAACCACGGCGUGA